AUGCGUGUCGUCUCAUUCAGCCUCCUGGCCGCUUGGGCCCUCGCAGCGCAUGCGGCACCCCGAGAAACCAUCAAGCCCGGCCUCGAGAGCGCUGUGGCGAACGCCUUCCACAUCUUCAAUGCCUUGCACUCGGCUGGUCGGCAAUGGGGCGCCGCGCUCAACCACAACGGCUUCGGCUUCUUUCCCGCCGUCGUGCCAAAAGGCACGCUACUCUACCAUGGCGCCGCAAGUCCAGAUCCGCCACGUGGUCCGGAGUGGUUAGCUUUUGAGAUGGAGCACUCGGAGCUCUUUGCCCAAUCGUGGCGGCAGGACGAGGUUGUCCGGGCGUCGCGCGGUCACGUUGCCUCACAGAGGCCGCUGUCCCGGAACCGUAGGGGCUACUUCCACACGUACCGCGCGAACCGGGAUCUGAAGCUGCUGUACCUCGACGGCAUGGCCGCGGCCAAGUCGCGCUUCGGGCCGCUCGACUCGCAGGACCUCGUGCUGCGCGAGAAUAAGACGGGGUCCUUCGACGACUUGAUGGACGAACCAGGGCGCGCGCGCGACGUCUGUCGCUUCGUGACCGAGGUCGGCAUGGACGGCUUCGUCCGGGUGGAGAUUGGAUUUGAGGUCGUAUACUGCGACUUCGACAUCGGGCUCGAUCCGAUGAGUGUGACGCGGUCCGUUAUGCCGCAAGAUAAGGUGUUCAAAGAAGAUAUGCUCAUGUAUCAGAUGGCGCGGGCGGCGAGCCGCGAGUAUGACGGGCUUGGCGGGCGCUUGCGUCUCGACUUUUCGUCCAUGGUGUCGGGCUUUUUCUUCCCGAUCAACGUGUCGAGUACAGAUCCCACUCGGCCCGACUUGAUACGGCUCGGCGCGGCGAGCAUGGACGAGCUACUAGACCUGAAGCGCCACCUGCGCGAGAUGUGCCCUCGGCCGAGGAGGUUCACUGUCGACUGGCAGGCCGCCGUGGUUGAUGGUCUCGUCGACCGGUUCGCGGACAGGUUGAUCUCGAUGGUUUCUCGGAAGCUCCCGGCCGAGCACUUUAUUGGGGAGCUGGAGCGGGCGACCCUCGUUUACUAUGAUGCGCCAGCGUUGCCGGGCGACCUUGCGGCCAAAAACAGGACGGCCGAGGCAAUUGACCGCUGCACCGAGCAUCAUCUCCUGCCUGCCCUGGCCAGGGAAGACACGUGGCACUUCGAAGACAAGCUCAUCUACACCGCCGUCGAGAUUGUCGCGCGAGACAUUUGCCAGACGCUCUUUCAAGCGCUGUCUGCUCUGCAACGUGCUCGAGCCACGCCCGAGGGUGCGGGUCUCGGUGAGGCCAUCGCCCACAGCCAGAAGGCCCUUCUCCACCUCACCGACCGGCUGGCGUGGACAGAGUGGAAGAAGCCGCGGCCGUGUUCCGUCGACCAGGUCGCCUUUGUUGCCAUGUAUCCGUUUGGCGAUGAUGAGGACCACUGGCAUCCAGGAUGCCGGUCCAUCGAGGACCUCUUGGGCUUUGGCAGACACGGUUACUGGGACCGCGACUUUCUACGGCCAGGGAACGACCUCGAUGGUGAAUUGUAA